AUGCAGUGCCGCUCUCGCAAGAAGAGAUGCUAUCAUGGGAGCGUCGAGAGUGUUAAGCGGGCUGGUAGGGCUGCUGAAGAUGGAGAUACCGCUCAACAGCUAGCAGAUGUCCAGGCGGACGAGUCGAGCCCGCAUGCUUACAGCCCUGAGUUUGUGCUGGAAGACCUGUCCAAAACGCACAAGGCGGUAGCUGGAGGUCCACUGGCUCAAUAUAAUACUUCAGCACAGUCUUCGUGGUCCUUGGCCCGGCAUCAAGAGCCUGAUAAUCAAGACGCGCAGAAUCGGUUGGUUUGGUUUAACAAGUAUAGACGCAGACCUGCGCCGUCGAUCACGUCCACACACCGGAAAUAUCUCGAGGAGUCAGGGGCCUUUCUUGAGCUUCCUAGGUCUACGACAGAUGCGCUUCUACCAGUAUACAACGCUGUCCUGGAUGAUAUAAUCCCAGUAGUAGACGGGGCUACCGUCCUGCGAGAUCACAGUAACGGACGGUGCUCCAUCUACCUCGUACGGGCGAUAUGCCUCGUCAUUUGCAAGACCAAGCAAGCCAUCCCGUUUCUACGAUUAAGUGACAACGGCCCAGUGCUGAAACCAUUGGACUUCGCAUCCAAACUCCUCCCAGGUCUUGAUGCAGCUCUCAAAGCAGACCUCGAGCCCGACCGCCUCAUCAAGAUCCAGAUCCUAGCCCUAAUUCACCUCUACAACGACGGACCCUCUGGCAUCGAACGCUCCGCAGCCUACCUCUCCCAAGCAAUCCGCGAAGCCUGGUCUCUAUCUCUGCAUUUAAGCACACCCAGUAAACCAGACCAAGCCCAAUGCGAUUUCCUUUGGUGGUCGUUGCGCAAUUUUGACCGUCUAAACAAACCCAUUACGCGCUCUGGGCCGUUUAUGAUUGACGAUACCGAUAUUGGACUCCCUCGCAUACAGCCCGGAAUCGAUAACUACAGAUCCCAACUCAUGGGCGUCUCCUUAGCACUCGGUGACCUCAUGGCCACAGCAACAAAAGCCUACAAGGCUAGCUACACCCACGCGGCCGACGGAUGCGAAGACUUCCCUUCUCUAGACGACAUAGUCCCAGGCACCGCAUUUACCCGCUUCCACAGAUCCCAUAAAGCAUACCUCGAAACAUGGUACCACGCCUCCUCCAUGCUCUCCUGCCGGUACAGCGGCCCGAGAAGCCCCCAAUACACCCGCCGCCUCGCCUCCGCAGACAGAAUCGUGCAUAUCAUCACAGAAACAGGGAACGAGGGCCUCGGGCUCCCGCCGCUCCCGCUCGUGCCGUACGCGGUAUCCAUGGCGACGACGGUGGUGUACCGCGCGUGGCGCGAUAAAGUGCGUGAUCUGCAUUCUACGUACGCGGGUCUCUGCCUGUGCUGUGAGGCGCUGGAGGCGUUGAGCUUGGUAUGGACGGGUGCGCGGAGCGUUGCGAGUCUUGCGCUGGGUUUAAGGGGGGCUAUGGAUGCUGUUGAGGCGAGGGGCUCGCCUGGUAUCGGCACGGAUUCCCCCCGUCAGAUUGAUAGUGGGAUUGUUAUGGAUUCUGGAGAAGGAGAACCGGCAAUGCGAACCCCUGUUCUUAGCUACUCGGGCCAGGAUAGAGAUGGGGAGCGGGAGCCGGUGCACUUUGGGGACGGGUGUGAUCAAGGUGAUGACUUCUGGGCGGGGCUGGAGAGGGCUUGCUUGCAUUUCGAUACCACGUUUGAUGGUUUCCUAGAGUAUCGCGGGUUUGGGGAUUUCGGGGAGUUUAUUGCUGAUGAGUAUGACAUUCAGCAGGGGGGCGGGGGUGAUUGA